ACAAGAAAAAUGGAGGCUGUGCCUCGGAUGCCGAUGCUGUCUUUUGAACUUAAACAGUGUCCAGAAUAUGUUGAUUUUGGUCCAGUCUUGAAGCAGUACAUCAAGAACCAUUAUGGAGAAGAUCCUGCUCAUUAUAACAAAGCUUGUAGUGAUCUAGAACAGCUGAGACAGAGUGCUGUCCAUGUGUCACAUGAUUUCAUGGGAUGUAGUACAUUGAAGAAGUACUAUGCCCAGUUACAAUUCUUACAAGGGAGGUUCCCCAUGGGGGAGGAAGGAGAAUGUGGGAUCAAUUUUACCUGGGAGGAUGUUUUCCUGGGAAGAGAAGUUACGAUUCCUGAUGUGAAGUUUGAACAGGCCUGUAUUCUAUACAACAUAGGAGCUUUACAUUCUAUACUAGGCAGUAUAGAAACUAGACAGAGUGCAGAUGGGAUGAAGGUAUCCUGUACUCAUUUCCAGUGUGCUGCUUGGGCAUUUGAAUAUUUACGUGAUCAUUUUGGAUCGUCUAAUCUUAGUGUAGAUAUGUCACAUGAAGUCUUAACAUUUCAAGUACAUUUAAUGCUGGCCCAAGCACAGGAAUGUAUUUUAGAGAAGUCCAUGAUAGAUAGCAGAAAGAACACAAUCACAGCUAAAGUCUCAGCACAAGUUGUGGAAUUCUACAGAACUGUCAUCAAAUCAUUGCAGACAGAAAACAUGGAUGCCAUCUUAGGCUCACGAAAGUAUAAGGACUGGAAGAAGAGAGCAGAACUAAAGAUUUUAUUUUAUGAAGUUAUCACCAAUUAUUACAUGGGAAGGAACUCUGAGGAACAGGAAAAGUUUGGAGAAUGUGUGGCUUACUAUACAUUGUCUUAUGAUAAAUUGAAGGAUGCUAUUAAGAUGGCUAAGAGUGAGUCGUCUGAUAUCCAGGAGUCGUUGAGAUUUACAAAUGAUGUUGUGGGUGGCAAGUUUCAGUCUGCAAAGAAAGACAAUGAUUAUGUAUAUCAUGAAAAAAUACCUGCAGGAGACACACUUCCAGAGGUCAAAGGUGCAUCUUUAGUAAAAGGUAUACCAUUCAACUGGAACGAUCCUGAAGUAUCAGGACCAGAUAUAUUCCAGAAACUGGUUCCCAUGUCUGCUCAUGAGGCAUCGUCUAUGUACAGUGAAGAAAAGGCAAAGUUAAUGAGAACAGUUGGAGCAGAAAUAGAGGCGAAAAAUAUGGCUUUAUUACAGUUCAUGUCCUCUUUGAACCUUGACCCCUCUAAACUGAACUUUGAACCCGAGAGACUGCCGCAAGAUUUGCUAGAGAAGUGUGCUGCUGUUAGUGUUAGACCAAAUGCUAUUAAAGACUUGGUGGAUGCAAUGGGAGCUGUAUCUAACACUGCUACAGACGUUGAGCUUGCUAUACAGGAAAUCAAUGAUUUGAUAGAAAAUGAUGUAAAGGAAGAUGAAGAGUUUCAGAAACAGUUUGGAAAAAGAUCCCAGAACCCAAUGUUACCUGAAAUAAAGAAAGACUGUGACAGGUUCCAGGAAGGUCAUAAAAAAGGGAACCAGUCUAAUGUGGAUUUACAUAAAGCAAUGAAUACACACAUUACCAACCUAAAGCUUCUUGCUGGUCCCUUAGAAGACAUAAAGAACCACCUGCCAUCACUGGAAAGAGACAGAGAUCCAGAGUCAGAAGCUGUUGUGAAAGAGCUACAAAGGUUACUUGAUAAAGUGGAGGAAAUGAAGAAUCAGAGAGCCAUGCUAGAGGAACAGUUUAGGAAACAGGUCAAAGAAGAUGAUAUAACCAAUCAAAUUGUAGCACAGGAUGGUGGAAGUAAUACUAUGGUAAUGUUUGAAGAACAACUGAAAAAACAUGACAAACAGAUAGGUUACAUCCAUCAGAACUUAGAUGCCCAGGAUAACAUACUGAGAGCUCUGACUGAUGUAAAUGCUAGAUAUGCUACUACAAGGAGAGCCACUGCAGAUACAAUUACCAGGAGAGAAGCCACUAUAGAGGGACUAAAGAACUCAUAUGAUGUUUAUGAAGAUUUAUUAGCUAAGUCACAGAAAGGUUUGGAAUUCUAUAAGAAGCUUGAAACCAACAUCAACAGGUUGCUAGAACGAUGCAGAGGAAUUUGUAAACAGCAAGCAGAAGAACGACAACAAAUUAUAGACAGACUCAAACCUAAAGAACCUCCUGUAAGACCUGUAACUCAGAAACCAGCAGAUGCAUCAACAAUGCUUCAAGGUCCAGGCAGUGCCUUACCAUAUGGUCCUUCUAAUUUUUCGAAUAGUCCAGGUGGAGUCAUGCCUGGUAGUCCAUCUGGUCCAAUCGGCCCAAUACCAGACUUGCAUGCAUCCCUGCCAGGUUUUGAAGGACCUAAGUUAAAGGAUUAUCUCCCUUUUAUGAAACCUAAAACAUUUGGAAAAGGCAGAGUGGCAACUGGAUCCCUGCCUAGUAGUUUAAUAUCAUCACCAGUUCAUCUUCCUCCUGGGCCAGAUAGUUUACCAGCUAGUCCAUUACAUGGCAUGAGUGAUGAAGAUAUUAGAAAACUGGGAAUCACAGACCCAAAAGUUUUAGCUAUGAUAAGAGCUCAUUCGUUACCUCCUGUGACUGGGUCAUCUCAACAGCCAUCAGGGGUUGGUGGGUACCAGCAGACACCAGGGGCAGGUGGGUACCAACAGCCACAUGGGAAUGGUGGAUACCAGCAGCCUCCAGGGGGCCAAGGUUAUCAGCAUCCGUCAGCAGGGGAAACUGGUCAAGCUGUAAAUUAUCCAUCACGGUCACAAUCUCCAAGUUUACAAGGCGGCAUGACUGGUACAGUGAGAUUUGAUAGAUCUACCAAACCAUCUGGUUACAUGCAAAAUCUUGGACCUCAGGGUAUGCCACAAUCACAACAAAGAAUGGUCCAACCAGGUGUGCCACAGUCUGCAGCAGGAUAUAAUAUGUGUCAGCCACAAUCAGGAAUGCCACCAGGUAUGCCACAGAUGCAAGGUGGCUUUGGUCCAAAUGUCAGUUACCCCUCAACUAAUUACUCGCAGAUGCCUCCAAGUACAUCAGCAGGACAACAGACUCCAGGGCCAAAUCAAUCAUUUUCUAGUCAGGCUGUAUCUAGCCAGUCUAACUACCAACCAACACAAGGGCAAGCUGUUUCCCAUCAAGGAUAUACCAUGGGACAUAUGGGACAGGUUCAGACUGGACAACAUGUACCUCAAACAAAUGUGGUGUCUUCAACAGGACAGCAGGACCCAACUAGUGGUGCAACCCCACCAGGAGCACAAUAUGUUCCUUCAGGACACCCAGCACAGUCUGGUAUGGCUCCACCAGGGUAUGGAAAUGCAUUGCAGGAUAGAUUGAAUCAGAUACCAUCAUCUGCACAACAAAAUUAUAUGGCACAGACUAGUACAACAACAUACAACCAACCCUCUGCACAGAGGUCAUCACAAGGUGAAGUUCAUUCAACACGUGGGAUUUCACCACAUCCACAGAAUCUUUCUGAACAGUCAAAGUAUACGCCUCAACAAACAAUAAACUCUCAGCCAAGUCAGAGUCAAGGGCAAAUGUAUCAGCAAGGUCAGAUGGGUGAAGGUCAAAACCAGCAAUCUCAAAACUAUCCUCCUCAAGGUCAAGUUCAACUACCACAACAACAGAGUCAACAACAGUGGUUACCAACAGCAGUUCCUGGAAAUAAUCAAUAUACCCAAUCUGGACAGCAACCUCCUAUUCAACAAGCCCAGGAUCAAAGAUUUCAACAGCCAAUUGCUAGUCAACAAACCCCUGGUCAGCCAUCAGGACAGAGAUUUCAACAGCCAAAUGUUGGUCAACAGCAAACGUUUCAGACACCCCAAAGGUUUCCUCAGGCAAAUAUUAGUCAAGAACAACAGGGACAAAGAUUUCAACAACCAAAUGUGAGUCAACAACAAAGUCAAUAUUAUGGACAGCAACCUAAUAAUCAACAAGGUCAAGGUGGUCCUCAAAGUUCAGUGCAAUAUCCAAAUAAUCAAGGGCAAAAUAUUCGUGUGACCUCUCAGACUCCACCCCCACAGACACAGGUUCAACAACCAAAUGUAAGUCAACAUCAAAAUCAAUAUUAUGGACAGCAACCAUAUAAUCAACAAGGUCAAGGUGGUCCUCAAAGGUCAGCACAAUAUCCACCAAAUCAAGGUCAAAAUACUCACUUGACCUCUCAGAAUCCAUCUCAACAGAGGCAGAUUCAGCAACCAAACGUAAGUCAACAGCAACCUCAAUAUUAUGGACAGCAACCUGGUAAUCAACAAGGUCCAGGUGGUCCUCAACAUUUAACACAGUAUCCACAAAAUCAAGGGCAAAAUACUCAAGUGACUUCUCAGACAACGCCCCAACAGUCAAAGAUGUCAUUGCCACAACCAUCCCAGUUCUCACAGGAGCAAAGAAAUCCUCAACAGUUUGGACAACAGCCAACAAGCCAACAACAAAGUACACCACAACAGUUUGGACAACAGCCAACAAGCCAACAACAAAAUACACUACAGCAGUUUGGACAACAGGCUUUGCAACAACCAUAUAAUGGAUAUGGUGGUCAGCAUCAGAAUAGUCAGCAAACUUCAACAUCUGGUAAUGGUCCUGCACAGAUGAGUCAGGCCGGUCAAGGUCAAAUGCAAUAUAUGUCCAAUCAGUCUAGUCAAGGUUACUCAAGAGGUCAGCCAGUUCAAGGACAACAGACACAACAGCCAUCAUCAGGUCAAGGAUUCGGUAGUCAACAGGGAAAUCAGUUUUCAGGACAACAAGUUCCACAAACUGGACAACAAAUACCAAGACAACCUGGACCACAAUUACAGCAUGGUACACAGCCACAAAUUCCACAGACUUCAUCCACUUUUAUUGGAUUUGGCCAACAGCCCCAGGUCCAACAAUCAAGUUCAUUGCCACAAGGCCCUCAACAAAUGCAGGCAAUUCCACCAGGAAUGCCACAACAGGGUGGAUAUGUACAACAAGUGCAAAAUAUGACUACAAUGGCAAAUACGAUGCCACAAAAUAAAGGAGGCAUUCAGCAACAAGGUCAGUCCAUGCCAACAGUGGCACAGUCUGGUCAACCACCUAUUGGGAGUAGCCAACAACAAGGACAGACACAGGUGCCACAACAACGAUAUCAAUCACCAGUGCCACCGCCUAGUAAUGUACAGCCAUCGGUAUCCAUGACUUCCCAGCACCAUGGUUACCCUACAGUACAGCAACAGACAAAUAAUCAACAGAUACAGAGACCUCUAUCUGGACAGUCACAAAUGUCACAGCCAUUACCUCAGAAAGGUACACCACAGCCUAGUUAUUCAUCAACAACAAUACAGCAAAUGAACCCACUAUCUCCACCAGAUAUCCUACCACAACCUAUCCUACCAAGCCCAAUGAAACCAGUAACAGAGAUCCAGUCAUCCUUACAGGAAGUUACUAUGGAAACAAAAACGUCAUCUUUACAAGAUGUCACAGAACUAGAGACUACAUCAAAGAUGGAAUUUCAUACCAGAGCUAGAGAAUCUCCAAUAGUACAAAGAAAACAGCCUGAAAAGUCACAUUCCAGAUCCAAUUCUAACACCAGCCAAUCAGAAUUCAAGUUGCCUUCAAGGAAACAUUCCUGUUCUUCAAUUGGUUCAUCUCUGGAUGACAUUUUAUCAUCAAGUCCAGUAGACUCCACCCAUGAACCACCUGAUUCAGUUCUAACACCCAAGGUUCUCACAGCACAGGAAAUAGCACAACAGAAAGAGGAUGCUAUUUUGAAAGGAAACCUGGGAAGACAGUUUUCUAAAGAUCCUUAUCCUGAUUCGUCUAAAAUGGAUAAAUUUGUUGCAGAGACUGAAAAAUUGGCCAAGUUUGUUGAAAGUUUAGAUAAAGCUACAUGUUCUGGACCCUCACAUUUAGAUAUAGCAUGGAAGGAGGUGAUAGAAGACUAUGAUAUCCAUGGUAAGAAGAACUCAAUGGCGAUUGGUCGAUGUUAUCCAAUGAAAAACAGAGAUCAGGAUGUUUUACCUUAUGAUGUAUCCAGAGUGUUACUGACUUCACAUAAAGAUGAUUAUAUAAAUGCUAGCUGGAUAAAUGAUUUAGCAGAAUCAUGUCCCAAAUUUAUUGCCACACAAGCUCCAUUACACUCCACUAUGUUUGACUUCUGGUUGAUGGUUUAUGAGCAAGGGUCAGAGGUCAUUGUAAUGCUGUCUAGUGAAACAGAAAAUAAAGACACAAAGAAAUUUCCUGAAUAUUGGCCACCAGAGAAAGGCAAAUUAACCCACCAUGGUCCUAUCACAUUAACACUACAGAGCUUGAAAGAGACACAACUGUGGACAGAGAGAAUUAUCUACCUACAACACCAACAAACAAAGACUGGCAGAACUAUAGUACAUCUACAGUAUAAAAACUGGCCUGUCAGUGGAUUUCCAGAGAAGGUCCCUAGUGUGCUACAGUUCAUCAAUGAAGUCCAUAACUUCUAUAGACAGCAGAGAAGUCUACAAAAACCUGUUAUGGUUCACUGCAGUAAUGGUAUAGGUAGAACUGGUACCUUUUUGAUGAUUUAUACUGGAAUGCAAGAGAUAGAUCAUGGUAAUGGUAUCAUCAACGUACAGGCAGUCGGUAAAAAGAUGUUACAACAACGCAGAUAUGUCAUCAGAGAGAAAAGUCAACUUAAAUUCUGUUACGGAGCUAUCUUGUACCAUGCACAGGAUAUAUUGGCAAAACAGGGGAUAUUGGUCCAUAAAGCAUCUUUUGGAGACAAGCUUCCUCACCCUGGAGAGAAGUCGUACCAGUGGACACCAGCAGAAGAUGUGAUAUUUGGAGCAUGCAGUAUAAAUGAUCUUAAGAGCAAUGUAGAAAAACUUGGAUUACAUUUAGGAAUAUCAAACAAACAUUCUAGUCCAAAGAAAACUGUUAUUCCCAAACAGGAGCUCUCCAGUGAGGAGGUGGAUAAACAACAGAAACAUUUUUUACCUUCAAAGACAGAAGAUCAUAAAAUGGAAGGAACUCUAAUGAGCAGUUUACCUGAUGUUGUUCAACGAACAGAUGCGGCUAGACAGAGUGGUGAUAAUGACCAAAAGUUGACUGGGUCCCUGUCUGGCUCUAAUGCAUCACUUUUAAGUGUUGGAUCAGAAUCAGAAAAGAUAACAGGUUCACCAAUACAUAAGAUAAGGUCCAGAGAUGGUUCACCGAAGCCAAGUUCUCUACAUGGAUCACAUGAGGGAUCACCGAAAAUGCAGUCAUUGAUGGAUUUACAGAACCCAAGUUCAUUUACACUUGGAGCUGACGGAGGAAAGAAGAAAAUAACCAAAGCAAGUUUUCUGGAUAAAACUUCAGGUUUAAGUGAUAAUUUGGACAAUGAUGAUCCCUUUAGUUCAAUAGAUCCACUUUGGACGAUGAAAAAAUAAUUAAUAUUUAUAUGUUUUUUAUAUUAUUUUUUGUAGUAUGUGAUACAGUAUCAAUAUAUUUCUUUCAUUUCUUGAGGCUUUUGCAAUUAAGUACACUUUACAUUAUGUUAGGAUCAUCAAAUUGCAAUCGACUGCCUGCCUACUUCUCUCAUUUUUGAUUUUAUGCACAAAAUGUCCUAUUUGAACUCUUUUUCAGGUUAUAAGUGUUUGAAUAUUGAUAUGAUUUUAACUGAGUGUAAAACUAUGUAUGUUUUAGGUGAACCAAAUUAAUGUUCACAAAAGUAGGAAUUUACUAAAGGCUUGCAUGUGGACUUAAAGUAACAUUUGAAAUAUGACAGAUAUCUUUUUGCUUGUGUGCAAUUGUUGUAUUUUUCUGAUCAAAUGUUUAGACUUUAUCAUAUUUUGUGAUAAGAAUAUUGUGCUUUGGAGAUGUAUUUUUGGGCUUUAAUUGUUAUUAUGAAGUUUAUUUUUAAGAAGGCAUAAUAUUUAUAAGACGAAUAUCAAGCAUUAUAUUAAGAAUGUAGAGAAGAAUGCACAGUUUAGUCAGAGUUUGCAAAGGUUUCUGGACAGUCUUUGCACAUUUAUGUACUGUUUUCAAUUAUUCUUUACUAGUUUGGAAUAAAACUUCACAGGACAAUUUUUUAUGCCACAUUCAGUUCAAGUGAGAAAAAGCAUGUAACUGUUCCAACAAGCUUAUAGUUUUGAUAGUUGUCGUGCAAGUAUAUAAAGAUAACAGAAAACUUCAUUUUGAUAAACAAUAUUUAUAUGGAAUAUUACAGAAACAAGGCAACAUUUAUUAUGCCUGAACAUCUUAUUCUUGCUUAAACUUUAAUUUGCAUCAAACCAGGUCUUAUCUAAUUUGUCCCCCUAAUUUAAGGUUGCAGGGCUCUUGAAAUGUAUGACAGCAUAAUAGUCAAUAGACUUUUCAGAUUGUAAUAAAAGUAAUUAGAUUUUUAUUCUCAUUGACAAUAUACAUAAUUCAAUGUUUGGCAAAAUUAUUUAUUGAUGGCAAAUGUACUGUAACUUUAAACACUUUUGCAUGUAUUUAGAUUUUAUUGUAAUGCAUUUUUUUAGCAAUGGAACAAAAUGUGGGAUGAUUUUUUGGGAUGUAUUAUAUUAUUCUGUGAACAGGGAAGGGGGAGGGGAUUCUCAGUAUGAAUAGUAAAGAAUUGAUGGGCUACUUAUUUAAACUAGCAAAGUAUACAUUGAUGAUUUUUAGUUGAAAGCACAUAUACAUAAUCAGAGGGCAUUAUACUGUGAAUUAUAUGAUCUGUUGUUUUUUUGUCAUUAAUUAUUUGCAUUUAUCGGACCACAGAUGAAUUAUAACGUUGUGAUUGGUUGAACGUCUUCACAUGAUUACCCCUUAUGAGACCGUAUGGGGUUAGUAAGUUUCAUAUGGGGUUCAUGACACGUUAUAAUUAUUUGUAUAUAAAGUCCAUUAGAAUAAACAACACUCCAGUGAAUAAGGUGCGUUUCAAUGUUACAGUUACUCUGAGUUUGUUUCUAUUGAUUGAAUUAUCAUUCACCAAAAAUAAAAAAAUUGUUUUGAUUUUUAUUGGAUAUAUGGUUGAGCUGUUAACUUACCAAACUACUGGUAUAAUCAGAUAUUAUUGCACACAUUUAUUAUUGCGAUUUUGUCAUUUUAGGCUGAAAUACGUUUAUUAUUUUUCCGAUAUUGCGAAAAUAUUGUUUGAUUUAUAUAAAAAAAAAAAAAUAGAAUUCAAAUUAUUGCUAUUAUAAUCCUGUUGCAUUUUUUUGCAAUAAUAAAAACAUCGCAAUUAUUUCUAAAUUUACAGUACAUGUAUAUGACACUUGAAAUUUAGAAAGAAAUGUUGGGUGGAAUGAGGGGAAUCACACUAUGUUUUAACAACAUUUCUAUCGUCUAAAUUUGACAUUUUAUUUUUAAAAUGCUAAAUUAUAAUGUAUUUAUUAAAAUCAGGAAACCACAUUAAUAUGAGCCAGUGGACCAAUUUACUAAAUUGUGGGUUUUUGCACCUAAUAUUUGAAAACAUCCAUAGUUUUUUUUGUUUUAUUUUGUGGCCGGUUUGGCCCAGCUGUGGAACGUUAGUAAAUUUUCCUGUGUAAUUGUUAACCUGUUUUGGUAAUAUUCUUUUUAACUUUAUAAAACAUAUCAUUUCGGGCGUAUCAGUUAGGACAAUAUUGGUUUAUAUAAUACGAUAAAAAUCAUGUAAUUGAAUUUAGAACCUGGAAAAUUUAAAUUAAGAAAAGAGAUUGCUGUAUAAAAAAACAAUUCUUAGAGUAAUCAAUUAUCUGUAUACAUGUAUUUAAAUACAAAAUAUUAUUUAUUCUUUUUAUUGCACAGGGAUGAAGACAUAAUUAUAAUAAAUAUAUGCAUUUCAUGAACGCACACAGAAAAUUAAACUAUUUGUAACCACUCUUUUUUUAUGGUGGAUAAAAAACAUCUCAUUUCAAUGUUUGGUGGAUUAUGUAAUUUCACCCUUACUGCUACUGUCCCCUCAAAAAUUAUGUAGGUAUUCUGAGAAAAAAAUAUUCAAUUAGAAAAAAAUCUUUUUUGUCUAUUAAAAGUCAAUUUAUCAAUUUUAUGAUGCAAGAUCAUGAAGAUAGAAAAUGACAUGUCCCUCCAAUAGAGUAGGCACUAGCAUGAAUAGACCCCACCCAAGCUAUAUAGUAUAUCAUGUAAUACAUUAAGUGCUUUAAAUUUUUAUAUGGUGUAUUAUGUGACAGAGUAAAAAAGUGAGACAUAGGUAUUCUGUUUAUAGCGACGACUGCAUCAUCUUUAUGUUAGUUUGAGAUUAUAUGAGUUCAAAAUAAAUAAUAUUUGAUAUGCAUGCGCUUUACCACUGGCACACCACAUUUCCAUGGAGAUUAUUUGGUCCUAUACCUUUAGUCAUUGACUGCAUAUUUUGCAUAACUUAAUGUUAAUCAAGUAUUGAUUUUUUUGCAAUAUUUGCAUUUUACUAUCAAAAUAACAAAAAGGUGAGACAUAUCUCUGUGUUAAUAGUUUAUAUAAUUUUAUAUUUGCAAAUCUGUUUUCCCAUUUAACACUGCAAAUGUACUUAUUUACAAAUUUAUAAAUAAAUAUCAGCAGCCUUUAUUGUGAUAGUGUUGUGUAUAAUUGUUAUCAUUGUUUAGCUUCACGACGCUAUAUAUGUAUAUUAUGUUAAUAUGAAGACAAAUUAUUUAUUGUUAAUUGUGAAAUAUAUAAAUUACAAACU